AUGAUCACGUGGUAUGCAGCGUACGGACUCUACUUCAAGAGCUCGCAAGUAGACUCUCGCGCUGGCCAACUGAUGAUGAACCACACUAAAGGAAAGGCGAAACACUGGUUACUUUGGGACUACAAGGAGCCAAGAACCUGGACUGCGAUGAUCAAGGGAAUGCGUAAUCGUUUCGUGGCUAAAGCAAAAGAGGAUGACCUCGCUGGCAAUUUCUUUGACUGCAAACAAGGCAUUAAGCUGCUGGAUGCGUAUAUCGAAGAGUUCGCUCGGCUAGGUAAUACGAACGACGUCUCAAAACAGUACAAAAUGAUCCUACUCACAACAGGACUCAAGUCAACUAAGUUGCGGGAACUGCUGCAAGUCCGGGAAUUUGACUCUCUCGGCGAUAUAUUACCUCAUCAUUGUCGUCGGGAAUCCAAGCUCGGCUCAUGCCGCUAA